AUGCUAGUAGCCCGCUUCUUCGCCGGCGUGGGUAGUUCGACAUACUCUAGUAUGAUAGGGGGCGUGAUUUCCGAUAUCUACGAGCCCAAUGAGCGUAACAGCCCUAUGGCUGUGUUCUCCGGCGGUGCUCUUUUUGGAACGGGGUUAGGUCCACUGUUCUGCGGCUUCAUCGUUCAGUACACCAACUGGAGAUGGAUAUUCUGGGUACAAGUCAUCGUCAAUACCGUUACGGUGGUCGCUUUUCUUAUUUUCUUGCCGGAGACGCGCGCAAAUGUCCUGCUGCGGCGAAAAGCAGAAGCUCUAAAUCGAUGGUACAGCGAAAAUGGGGAGGCUGUGUCAGGAUUCCAGGUGAGGGCAACCCAAGGCGGCGAUGUCAUGAGCCGAGCAGUCAAGUGGCAUCUGGAAGGCGAUCAAGAACGAGGCUCACUUGGUCAGAUGAUAGCUUCCUCAGUCACAUUACCAUUUGUGCUACUCUUCACGGAACCGGUGGUCUUCUUCUUUUCCUUAUGGGCAGCCUUCAGCUGGUCGAUUCUGUACCUUGGAUUUGCUGCCGUUCCGCUGGUUUUCACUACAGUCUAUGACUUCGAUCUGUCAUCUGCCAACGCAAUCUUCGCGAGUUCGUGUGCGGCAUCGAUUAUCGCGACUCCGAUCAGCAUCUACCAGGAGCGGUGGCUGGACGGAAUAUCGAGUCGCAGAUUGCCGUUGGACCGACCGGAACGGCGCUUGUACUUCAGUUGUGUCCAGAGCAUUUGUUUGCCUGUAGGCCUCUUCAUCUUCGGGUGGACAGCGCGAGAGCAAGUCCACUGGAUCGUUCCAGCCAUUGGCCUGGGCGUCUCAACGCUCGGUGUCUUCUCUGUGUACUUGGCCGUCUUCAACUAUCUUGCAGACGGCUACCAUGGCUACGCAAGUUCUGCCUUGGCAGCACAAUCAUUCUGCAGGAAUUUCAUCGGCGGCAUCUUCCCGCUUGUAACAGUACAGAUGUAUACCAAUCUCGGGUACGGACCGGCGUCUAGCUUACUUGGCGGCAUUGGCUUGCUGUUGACUGCCGGUCCUUGGAUUCUUGUUCUAUAUGGCGAGAGAAUUCGGGCGAAGAGCAAAUUUGCCCACAAAUUGAACAAAUAA